AGUUAGAUCAGAUGAAGAUUUUCAUCCAAUUACGUUACAAAAUUUGAUGUUCAGUUGGUCAAUUCUAGCAAUUGGAUUGAUAAGUGCGACAAUUAGCUUCUGUGUUGAGGUUUUUAUGACAAAAAAAUCAAUGUUAAGUGUCAUUUCUUUCAUGAAAAAUGUUAAGGAUAAAACUCUGGAAUUGGUCACAAGAAUUAUCAUUUUAUGGCCACGACGCUUUGUUGUAUUUUUUCGUAAACAAUAAGGACUUUCAAUCAUUUGGACGACAUCUUUGUUUAUUUGGAAACAAAUGCGGCCAUAUUGAAUUUCUCCGAGGCAUUGACAUACAGCGCCAGUGAUUGAAACAUAACCAUAAAAUUUGAUAGUUAUUGUAAACAACUGCAAAUUAAGUUUUCUGUUACCUCAAUGAUUUACAUAUUUUCAAUAAUAUUUUUUAUGAAUAAAACAAUAAAGUUGUAAUGAGUGUAUGUAUUUGAAUAUAUAAUAAAGAAAUAAGAUAAAAUAAAGUAUAUUUUAUCAUGAUUCUUUGGAUCGUGUAUUAUACAGUGAGCUUCUUAAUUGUUAAAAGUUCUCAAACAGAAUCACAAGGGUAUUGUGCAAUUUAUAAUGGUAAAAUAUGUAAAAAAUACCUUAAUGGUGUUGGUAAAGUUUGGUUUAAUAAUUCCCAGGAUAACCCUGGGAGUUGGUUGAAUGAAAAAAUAACCUCUGAUUUAUGGGAAGAAUUAAUUUCUACAUUAAAAGAACCAUGUCGUUCAGCAGCUGAGAAAAUGCUAUGUGUAUAUGCAUUUCCAUUGUGCCACAAAUCAGAACGAUUACCAUUAUGUUAUGAAGAUUGUAUGGCUAUUCGCCAUGAAUUUUGCUUUAAUGACUGGGCGCUUAUUGAAGACAAUAAACAGAGAAAAAUUUUUAUUAGAUCUCGUGGCCACUUUCGGCUUCCUGAUUGUGAUGAACUGCCAAAAUUAGAGGAAGAUAAAGUUACAUGCUCUCAUGUUCAUUUAACAGAUGUCAAUCAAAAUUUAGUGACAUAUGAUUGUGUAUUAGACAAUGGCCGUUAUUACAUGGGCAAAAUGAACAAAACUAAAACAGGUCUUGACUGUCAGCCAUGGAAUAGCCAAGAACCUCAUAGCCAUAACGAACCGCCAAAUGUUUUUCCUCAAAUCAAAUUUGGAGAAAAUUUUUGUCGAAAUGCCGGUGGUGAUGAACCAAUGCCUUGGUGUUUUACAAUGGACCCUAAGAUUCGUUGGCAGCAUUGUGACAUUCCAAUUUGUGAUAAUUCAACAAACUUUAUUUGGGAUACUGAACACAAAAAUGUAGCAACAGAGAUUGUUUUUACAUCAACAUUUACCAUGAUUCUAUCAGCAUUGGGUUUUAUUAUCAUUGUUGGUUCCCUGAUGGCUAUUUUUCUUAGCCAGAGAUUUAAAAAACAUGAUGGCUAUGUUUCUCCAGAGGCUCGGGAUAUUAAUAUUGAUCUGGAUAAACUUCCGAGCAAUGAUGCCUAUCACAAGACUGGAGCCCAGCUAAACCCCAAGCUAGAAAAACUAGAGUUCCCCCGCAACAACAUCAUUUAUGUUCGAGACCUUGGUCAAGGAGCAUUCGGUCGUGUAUUUCAAGCAAAAGCCCCAGGAUUGAUUCCCGGAGAGGAAUUUACAAAUGUUGCAGUGAAAAUGCUUAAGGAAGAAGCUUCUGAUGAUCUACUGGUGGACUUUGAAAGAGAAGCUUGUCUUCUAGCUGAGUUUGAUCACCCAAACAUUGUCAAGCUUCUUGGAGUCUGUGCUCUAGGUCGUCCUAUGUGUCUUCUUUUUGAAUACAUGGGUCGUGGUGAUUUAAAUGAAUUCCUACGGUCAUGUUGCCCUGAUAAUUAUAAAUUCACCAACGGUGAUGUCACACAUUCUAAUCUGAAUCAAAAAAAUUGGCAAAAUGGUACUGAUAAUUCCAAACUAUCACACAUGGAUUUGAUCAACAUUGCAAGACAAGUUGCCUCUGGUAUGGUGUAUCUAUCAGAUCGAAAGUUUGUCCAUCGAGAUUUAGCAACGCGAAAUUGUUUAAUCAAUGAUGAGAUGGUUGUAAAAAUAGCUGACUUUGGUCUCUCACAGAAAAUUUAUCUCCAAGAUUACUAUAAAGGUGAUGACCAAGAUGCUAUUCCAGUUCGGUGGAUGCCACUGGAAAGUAUUCUCUACAAUAAAUACACUAUUGAAUCGGAUGUUUGGGCUUUUGCUGUCUGUCUAUGGGAGAUAUUCAGCUUCGCACUUCAACCUUAUUAUGGUAUGACCCAUGAAGAGGUGGUAAAGUACAUCAAAGAAGGUAAUGUCCUGAGCUGUCCUGACAACACACCUCCUGCUAUCUAUGGACUCAUGAAGAUUUGCUGGAAUAAGAAACCAUCAGAUCGACCAUCAUUUCGGACAAUCUAUCAGACCCUAGAUGACAUCAAACAUCAACUUGAAGCUGAGAACAAAUCGAACAGUAUUCCAUUAAGAAUUCACGUUUAAUGUGACGGUAUUUUUUAGUUUUGAUAAAGCAGAAUAAUUUUUUAAAUGAUUUUUUAAAGUAAAAUCAUCACGUGUCAUUUGCACAACAUUGGCAUGAGAUACUUAAUUGAUAAGAGACUGCCACAAUAGAACAUUAAACAUCAAACUUUAGGAAUAAAACAAGUCUGCCGUUAGACUUACGUUCAUUUGGUUACCAGGGUAUAGGUUAGGAAAAACAUUUCCUAAUGAAUUUAUGUCAACCAUCACCUUCUAGAUAAUCACAUCAUCAUCAAUAUUAAUGUCAAUCAGAAGUUUUAUGUCAAUUCUUGAUUCCUCUAGUUUAUUUUUGAUGUUCUAUUAACAGUUUUUGUGUUGAACUAAUGAGAGUUGAGGUUAUGGUAUUUUAAACUAGUAUUUAUUUUAAAAUAUAAAAAAAAAAACUAUUGUCUUUUCUAAUUUUUAUAUUCAUUGUUUCAUAAGAGACUGAGUUAAAAUGUUUUACUGCCAAUGUUAGAAUGUUUGAAAGCUAUGCAACCUAUCUGCAUAAGAGUCUUGAGAUAUUUUAUUACAGACCAGAAUGAUUGAUGUCAUAAUAAUCUUAUAUUAAAUAACUGUUAUUUGUUUACUUUUAUUAUUAAUAAGAAAAAUAAUUCAAUCAAUAA